CGUCAGGGGUUAAUAAAGUACCAUUUUAAUUUGGGAACAGAGAAGGAGGCAUAAUCGAGAACAGAAGUCACAUCUAGUCGCUCUUAAACAGGCUUCUCGCGACUUGAAAGUUGCCAUCGACUGUCUUCGCCAGAGUGCAGCAAUUUUUUAAUACUACUUCCGUCUCUGUACUAACGUGAAACGUCCGGAAAGUAAAAGCGUUAGAUGGAUCUUAUUAUACGUGUAAAUGUAUGACGUCGAUCUAUUUUCAGUCUAGGGGACCUUUAUUGUGAUGUUGGAGCAUUGGCUCUAGGCGGAAAUGUGCUCCAUUAUUGUGGCACGCUGAGGAAGUCAGUUCUCUCUCCCCACCUUCGCAUGCUAACGAAAUUACUUAGCUAGCGACAUAGCACUAUAGAACUAACAGUUUCUCACAAUAGUAUGACGUUUGGCCCCUAAUAUCUUUAUCGGAUUUUCUAGAAGCGGACACUAAACAAUUUCAAAAUGAACAUACGAAACGCAAGGCCGGAAGAUCUCAUGAAUAUGCAGCAUUGCAACCUGCUGUGUCUUCCAGAAAACUACCAAAUGAAAUAUUACUUCUACCAUGGAUUAUCUUGGCCUCAGCUCUCCUACAUCGCAGAAGAUGAGAAUGGCAAAAUAGUAGGAUAUGUGUUGGCUAAAAUGGAAGAGGACCCAGAUGAUGUACCCCAUGGACACAUCACAUCACUGGCUGUAAAGCGUUCCCAUAGACGCUUGGGUCUGGCUCAGAAGCUAAUGGACCAGGCCAGCAGAGCUAUGAUUGAGAACUUCAACGCUAAAUAUGUCUCCCUCCAUGUUCGCAAAAGCAACCGAGCUGCUUUGCACCUCUACUCCAACACACUGAAAUUCCAGAUAAGUGAAAUAGAGCCUAAAUACUAUGCCGAUGGGGAAGAUGCUUACGCGAUGAAGAGAGACCUGGCCCACAUGGCUGACGAGGUCCCACAGUUGAGAAAGGCUGGAGCGCGCAUCGCGGGCCAGGAGACGCCUGCCCAGAGCCUAGCAGGAGACCAGGAGAUUGAGAGGGACAGUGGAGGAGAGAGCAAGGAACUCAGUGAAGUCAGCGAGGCCACGGAAAGCACAGACGUCAAAGACUCCUCCUCGGAUUCACAAUGACUCUGCCAUCCUAGCUAUUUUUAAAAUUCAUCCUGCACCUCUUUUUAGCUUCUACCUGGCAAUAUUUAUGGCCCCAACCCAAUGGCUAAUGUACAUCAAUCUCUAUUUUUGUGUUACUCACACAUUUGUUUUUGGAUAACUUCACUAUUGGUGAACAACAAAGGAGACUUGGGGAAUGAAUGAUGGGGAAGUUUUCUAAUUGAAACAAUAUUACAACUUAAUAACUGCCGUCAGCGUUUUUAUUUGGACUUGCUGUUGUCACCACGUUUAGGAGUUGCCCCAGCUCUGGCUAUAAUUUUGCCUGGAUCUUCAAUUGUCACAAUCAGGUUUCUUGAAGUAUUCAUAGAAAUACUCGAAAUAAAAAUUAAAAAUAA